AUUUACCAACUUCUGAUUCCGGAGGGACAGAUGUUGUAUGCUACCGGAAUUCAGAAGGCCGCUCUCACUCUCAUGGCUUCCAAACCAAAGCCCCAGCUCCUCCAUAAAAUUGCAGGGCCAGCGUUGCAGAGCUCACCGAAAAGGGCGAGGACAUUAUCCACUCAAUCCUCCAUGAACGACGCCUUCUCUAAAUAUGCCGACUACCUUAAUAACCUCAAUGAUAAGCGGGAAAGAGUGGUGAAAGCAAGCCGUGAUAUCACAAUGAACAGCAAAAAGGUCAUUUUUCAAGUUCAUAGAAUCAGUAAACAGAACAAAGAGGAGGUUCUGGAAAAGGCAGAAAAGGACUUGGCAGAUGUGACAUCGCGGCAUGUGUCCCGACUUAUAAAAGAGUUACAGGGGACCGAUUUCUGGAAGCUAAGGCGGGCAUACUCACCAGGGGUGCAAGAAUAUGUUGAAGCCGCAACCUUCUGUAAAUUCUGCAAAACAGGAACUCUUUUGAAUCUUGACGAGAUAAAUGAUACAUUGUUACCCCUUAGUGAUCCGGCACUUGAGCCUUUGCAAAUUAACAAUCUCGACUACCUCUUGGGGCUUGCAGACUUGACUGGAGAACUGAUGCGAUUGGCAAUUGGUCGAAUAUCAGAUGGUGAACUUGAUUUUGCCAAGAAUAUAUGCAGCUUUGUUCGUGACAUCUAUCGUGAGCUCGCUCUUGUAGUCCCUCAUAUGGAUGAUAAUUCAGAUAUGAAAAUGAAGAUGGAUACGAUGCUUCAAAGUGUGAUGAAGAUAGAAAAUGCUUGCUUCAGUGUUCAUGUUAGAGGAUCAGAAUACAUGCCCCUACUUGGAUCAGAUGAUCGUUCAUUCUUGAUGGGCGUGCCCGAUAUCGAGCUUUAAAGUAAUUUUUUGCUUCUCGCAUUGCUCCAUGCAUGCAAAAUUGCUGUUAGUAGCCGAUAUUAACAUUUGCGGAGUCGUACUUUGAUGUCUUCUGUUCAGAAAGAAUGUUUUGAUUUGAAAAUGAAAACGAGGGCAUUCCAGCUUAAGUGAGCAAAGAGCAUCCUGCAAGUAUGCCAUAGUGCUAAGUUAUGAUCUGCAAGAAAUUAUCUUUAUAUAUAAAUAAUUUUCUUUUUUUUUU